AUGCCUAUCAAAAUCCUGCCGCUCCAGAAAGAAGACAUUCCCGAAGUUGUCGACUGCAUCCAGCAGGGCUUUGCUGAUGAUCCUUACUUCCAAUGGGUAUUUGAUGCUGCAAAGUUCAAUAAACAGCGAAAUUCAGGGUCCCUCACUGCUCGAUGCCUGUGGGGGAUCAACAAUGCGCUCUUUUACGUCGCCAAGGAAGUGAAUGAAGAGGGAGGAACUUCGCCAGUGUUGGGCGUGUCCUGCUGGCUAGCUCCGCGUCCGCUAGUCUGCCACCAAAAAGAAACAUGGAACUCGUGGUUUCAAGGGUGGCUCCUCUCGUUUCGCCAGCUACUCACAAAUCUCCGCUAUUUGGGUCAUGGAGGCCUUAUCACGAAACGCUACUGGAUCUGGAAAGCGAGACAAAGCGAAGCGCAGACGGAGCUGUGGACGGACAAGCAACGCGGAUAUUACUUUUGCAAUAUCGUGACCGUGAGACCGGAUGCGCAGGGAAAAGGCAUUGGCCGUAAGCUGUUUGAGGUUGUCACCGAUCGCGCCGACCACGAGGGUGUCAAGUGCUACCUGGAGAGCUCGAAGAAUGAGCCCAAUGUGCAGAUUUAUGAGAAGAUGGGGUUCCGCAUGGUGAAAACUCUCGAGUGUGAAGACGAGGGAGACGUUUGUCAGGGCGGCGAUGAUACGUUUAACAAGUUUCCCGAUCAACUGACCGCUUUGGUCCGACAUGCGCUGCCGAAUAUCGAUGUCAAGGCGGUGGCAUAUCCAAAGUUUGAUACAAGAGGGGAUCUGAAGGAAUGUGUGGCGAGGUUUCGCGACUGGCUUCAGAAUACUGUGAUUGAUAUCGAAGUUGCCAAUGGCACGCCCUCGCCAACGGUCGACCCUUCCGUCCAUGUCAUUCUCGUGGGACAUUCGAUGGGCGGCAUUGUCGGCGCAGAGACCCUCCUGCUUUUGGCCUCCGAACAGCCAAUACCCCCUCGAUCGACAAACGAUGAAACCCCCGAAAACUCGGUAGAGCAGCGUCCAUUUUUCAUGUUCCCGCACAUCCAAGGCCUGCUCGCAUUCGACACGCCGUUUCUCGGGAUCGCCCCAGGUGUUGUUUCGCAUGGAGCUCAGGAACAUUACAAAACUGCGUCGACUGCAUAUAGCACCUUUAAUGAUGUAGCUGGUUUAUUUGGAUAUGGUGGGAGCAAAUCAGCAACAGCGGCUACAACAACAACUACCACCACCACCACUACUACUACCACCUCACAAUCAGCAACAUUACCGCUACCGCCGGCAGCGACCGACACCGCUGCCGACGCAGCAGCGACUCCGUCGUGGUCUCGCUGGGGCAAGAUGGCCAUGUUUGCGGGCGCGGCGGGCGCCGUUGCAGCCGGCGGUGCGGCAGCGCUCUAUUCCCAGCGCGACCGCUUUACGGAAAGCUGGCGAUGGGUAACGUCGCACCUUGAGUUUAUUGGGUGUCUCGCUCGUCCAGCAGACCUGCGCACGCGAGUCGCUUCGCUCGCGACCAUUCAGCAAGAGCGCGGCAUCCGCGCGGCCAAUUUCUACACCUGUCUCGGUCGUGGCGCUCCUCCUCCACCACCACCAGCCACAGAACCCAAUAGAUCACAAUCGACGAUCCUGCCGCGUAUCCCGCGAUCGCGAUACCGCACUUUUUGCCAUUUACCCGAAGACUUUGACGCCGAUGAUUCCCUGCUCGCCGGCGACGGGACAUCGGACAGCCCAGGUAUCAGAUGGAUCCUGGCGCUCAACGACAAAGUGCCCGACGAAACAAACGCCCAUAUCAGCAUGUUUUCGUCGCGAGACAAUCCGAAAUACUACAUUCUUGGCCACGAGGCGGCCGAUCUUAUUGUGAGAUGGAUUGAUCAGGGGUGGUAUGCAAGUUCUGCUCCACCACCACCAGCAGCAUCGGCGGAGGAAGACCACCGUGCGGAAGAGAAGGAUGACUUUAUUGUUGUUGACUAG